AAAAACGUCUAUGAACGUCUAUCAUGUAAUUCAUAAGAAGGAUAAAAAUAUGUCAACGUAACGUAAUUAAUAAGGAUAAGAACAUGUCAACAAGAGUUUAAAGUUUCGCGGGUCUGAGAGCAGGAACGACGUGACUUUAUGCGCAGAAAUGGUUGCGCGGUAAUAGUCUGCUCCCUCCCCUCCAUAUACGGACCGCUCGGAGCCGGAACGAGAGGGUCAGGUUAGGCGGGUCUGCUGGGCUGACAGCGCAUUGAAAACAGCGUCGCGCUUUCGUAGUAUAUCUCGUCGACGAAGGUUAACUUCCCGACGAUCUCGGGGUGGCCCUUAACGAUUCUCACAUCUUCUCGUGCGCGUGUGUGACGAUAUGGAAGGAAUCAGAAAAAGACGUCAGUUUACGUAAAAUCCGUUUUGUGCCUCGUACUACAAUAAAAAGUGAGAAGAGAAAUUAUUGUGGAAAUAACAUGGGAGGAGUUGGGGUCGAGGGAUUAUAUAUUAGAUGACGACGAUGAUAACGACAACACUAUAACAACGACGACAACGACAACGACAACGACAACGACACGACAACGACAACGACACAACGACACAACAACGACACAACAACGACAACGAUGUCUGCUUCGAAGACGCAUCGUGUUUUGCGUCGACGGCACCACCCGGACGUGCGAGCGCAAAUUCGAUGCUCUCUCGCGUGACGAGAGGGAGAAAGAAAGGAAGAAAGAAAGAAAGAAAGAAAGAAAGAAAGCAAGAGAGAUAGAUAGUGAGAUAAAGAGUAAGGGAGGCACGUUAUUACGAGUCGAGUACGAUGUACGAUAUCGUGCAAGGAGAAUUCAACACUUUCAUCGAACUAUUUUCAUAAAAACUGAUCGUUUCUUUUAUUAUACCGCCAUUAAAAAUGUAUCUUCGUUUCGAGUUAAAUCUCUAUGUAUAUUUAAUCCUCACGAUUUCUUUGAUAUUAACUUACGGAUAUCUGUAAAGAUUUCUGAAAAGAUAAUUAUCAAGAUAUUUUUCUAUUGGAAUUAGAAAUUGCAAUCGUCUUGUCUUCUCGUCUUCCCCCUCCCUCUCCCGCUUCAUCUCUACUUUUCUAUGUCUCGACCUAUUCUAUUGAGAACGUACAGCAACACGUUCGUAGGAAGAAUCCAUAUUUGGAAGGUAUAUACUUUCAAUUCUGUUUUGUUACGUCCUUGAAGAGAGUAGAGGGGCGAAAGGGGAGGCAGGUGCGUACAAGAUCGUUGAGUCUAUGCAUACAAGCUUGGAAAUGCAAAGGAGUAUUCUCUAUAUUUAUAGCAUCAAGAUAAAAUUCAAUUCGAUGAGACGAUUCAUUCUUAUUUGCGUGCGUAUAUAUCGAUCCUUUCUACAAAUGUAUAUCCUUUACACGUACGUUUCCUUCGACUCCUUGUAACAACAACGAGGACAGAGUGCUCAAUGGAAUCAUCCCUUAUUUUGUAAACAAUAAUGUCGCUUGAACGAUGCUCGAACCUGACCGACUGACAACACGAUUAGCUUCGUCUACUUCUCGACUAAACCGAGAGAACGACAGCAGGAGGGUUAAAACUGUCGCAGACGUUUGCGUCUAUCGUUGCAGAAGGGGGAGGGAAGGGGUGGACAACGAUACCGGUUUCCGUAUGUUUCGUUUCCACGCGCGCAAUUCUACCCCUCUAUAUUUCUCGCUCUUUCUCUCUUCCUCUCUUUUUUUACUUUUUUUUUUCUUUUCUUUUUUCUUUUGUCCCUUUUGCAAGAGGGGUGAGUUUGAUAAAAGCUUCGAACGGAACACACGCAUCGUAAAAUAUCGUCGAAUAGGCAACAGAGUAACAGUAGCAAAGGCAGUCUCAUCAAUAUUCGUUCUGUUUUACCGAUAUGUACAAUUUAUAUCAAAAUUUCUCUUCGUCGAUAAACGUAUAAAGAACGUGUGUAACCAGAUUUUGAAAGUAGAUUUCAUUUAUCGAUCGAGUCAAAUGAAUAAAAAAAAAGAACGAUAGAUUACGCUUCUCUCAGUACUUUCUCAAUUUUACAUAUGUUUCUUCUUUCUGCAAAGGCAUGUAUACAUACAUAUGUAUGUAUGUAUGUAUGCGAACACACAACGAUCAUAUAGAGUAGCUUAAGUCUCCGCAUAACUCGUCGAGGGUCUCUUCAAGCAGACGCGUCAUGACCCUCGCGUAUCAUCCUCCUCGUGUCGCACCCAUUGCGUAAGCUGCUACACCAAGAAAAACGAUCUUUGCGUGUCGGCGGACAUCUCUGAGAAAUAAACGUGGAAAAAUGAUUCGUUCGAGAGGAAAGUAAAGAUAUACUGCCAUCAUCCUGGCACGUGGUAAACCGGGCCAAAGGCCUGGAUCCUCGUCCUCCUCGUCCUCGUCAACGGAGAGGCUGCAAAGGAUGCCAGGACCGGCGCAAGAGAGACCUCGCGCUCAUCGGCUCACCGACAUCGAGCCACAAACCGCGAAGGUGAGCCUCGCAAAUUCGAUAAGCGCUGUCUCUUCUCCUUCCUCUUCGUUUUCAGGAUUAGGAUGUAAUCGAACGGACGACUUCAGCACACCUGUAAGUUCUGGUAGCAACAUGGGGAGUAUCGCAAGGUUUCCGAAAUUGGACGAGUGCGCCCACUUUCAUUACGAACAUGUGGAGCUUGGUGCUUUGGAGGUCUCCGUGAGCGAAGGCACCAAUGAAGCAGACACCUACGCAGUUAGGGUAACUUCCGGAGAUGCCUGUUGGACGCUCCAACGAUCCUACGACAAUUUCUUAAUGUUCGACAAACAAUUGCAUCGAUGUAUCUUCGAUAGAAAAUUCUCAUCCCUUCCAAAGUUACCAGACGCCAGGCCUAAAUUACAUUGGGUUAUGAUAAAGGACUACCUACAACGAUUCUCACGCCUAAAUCACGAGGGUCUAAACUGCGGUCCCGUAUUAAAUUGGUUGCAACUCGACAACAGGGGUAGAAGGAUACUCGUGCCAGAAUCUGAUUCUUGUCCCAUAAACACACCGGCUGUUGCAGCGGCCUAUGCCGUUAGGCCUUACGUGGCACAGGCGCAGGAUGAAAUCUCAUUUCAGGUCGGAGACAUGAUCUCGGUGAUAGACAUGCCACCACCAGGAGAAAGUACGUGGUGGCGCGGUAAACACGGAUUCGCAGUCGGCUUCUUCCCAGCUGAAUGUGUCGCAGUAAUCGGAGACAAAGUUCCACGUCAUUUAACAGUCUCGGCGACGGUCAGAUCGAAAUUACCGGUAAAACCGGUGCUUAGAAAGCACGGCAAAUUAAUCGCCUUCUUCAGAUCGUUUAUCUUGAACAGACCGUCGAGGAGAAGGUUAAAGCAAUCAGGGAUUUUAAAGGAACGUGUAUUUGGUUGCGAUCUGGGUGAACAUCUUUUGAACUCCGGACAAGAUGUCCCAACGGUUCUAACUUGUUGUGCCGAAUUCAUCGAGAAUCAUGGCCUGGUCGAUGGUAUUUAUCGGCUGAGCGGUGUCACCUCCAACAUUCAAAGACUAAGAAACGCGUUUGACGAAGAUCGCGUUCCAGCGUUGCAUUCCGACGAAAGUAUCCUUCAGGACAUUCACUCCGUGGCAUCCCUGUUGAAAAUGUAUUUCAGAGAACUACCGAAUCCUUUGUGUACAUACCAACUCUAUUCCACAUUUGUCAGCGCCGUUCAAGCCAAUAGCGACGCCGAAAGAUUGAGGCGAAUGAGAGAUGCCGUUAGAAAAUUGCCCCCACCUCAUUAUAGAACAUUAGAAUAUUUGAUGCGUCAUCUGGUAAGAGUGGCAGCUCGUGGUUCAGAAACUGGUAUGACUCCACGUAACGUUGCGAUCGUAUGGGCUCCGAAUCUUUUACGAUGCAAGGAACUCGAGGUUGGUGGCGUGGCAGCUCUUCAAGGAGUUGGGGUACAAGCAGUAGUGACAGAAUUCUUGGUCUGUUACGCCGAAUUAAUUUUUGGAGAUGGACCGGUCGGUAGACCAAAAUCGUUAGCCAUUACGACACCUGCUCGUCUACUCAGUUUAGAGGAAGCACGAAAUAGAAGUGUAAGAGGCGAACCAGAUUAUAUAGAAGUUGGUGCUGGUCCGGCUGGUUUGCCAUUGCAUUAUCAUACAGUCAUAGAGCUGCCACGAAAGAGAAAUGGCUCGAAGCGUUCACCGUCAUUAAACUGGAGAGCUUUGUUCGGUAGAGGUGGCUUGGGUGGUACCAGAGGCAAAGCCAGACAAGUUGGCACGCCACCUCAAGUAGAAACGGUGCCAAGUUCCUUAAACUCUUUGCGACGAUUGAGACCUGUAAAAAGUGCGGAUAGCUUGGAUGGAGAGGACAGUUUGGGUCCUCUUUUAGGACCACCACCAGCGAGACCUUGCGGCCAUAGCAGAUCAGUUUCUCACGACUCUUAUUUCGAUCAUUUGGCUGACGCGCCAAAUGCGACAUCACCUCUGGAUCUUUCGGAAAUCCAGCUUAAUUUUGAUCUUGAAGAAAGAGAAAUGAGAAUGUUUUCGGAGGAGGAGAGUGCUGGUGUCGCAUCGGUCGAGGCAUCGCCUCGACGACAGAGGACGGAAGGAACGCAGUGUCCUGCCAUUACAGGUGGUUCCAAGAGAAAACGAUCGAGACUCGAGGAACGGUUGCAUUGCGACGUCGAGUUACGCUUUAUCGAUAGUCAAAGUCCCGAUCAGGUAAUGGUGUCCGCGGAUGUGCACAAUAUGGAAACGCCGUCUCCAUUGCCAACUCCAGGUUAUUUGCCAUUAUUGUCCGAAGCAUCGACUCCUUUAACCCCGGCAACUUUGCAAGGAACGUCUCACUCCACCUCACCGAUACCCGUCAAUAGCCCUAGGAUAAGUUUUCGAAGUUUUACUUUACCGUUAGAAAUCGACGACGAACAAAGUAAUACAAAUAAUUUGAACAGAGCUAGCGUGUCUUCCGAUAAAACAUCCGACCCUAGUCAUAGGUUAUCAGUAAGUUUAAACGAGCAGAAUAACGCUAAGUCUUGCGAAAGAAUACGUAGCUAUGAUAGACACGAGGAUCCUUAUAGCAACACGGUAAUAGAGUCGUCGAAAGCUCGAAAUACCGAGGAGUCGACGGACGCUGGAAUAUCCGAUAUUCCAGAUCAAGAAAUGACCCCUUGCGAGAGGUUAAUAUCAUUGUGUAGCGAAGUCGAGUCCAGCAGAGUAACCUCACCGUCUAAGGACAUAUCGGACGAGUCCGAACUAUGUCCGAUCGAGAAAAAUAAAUUAUCUAUCGAUAACAAAGAUACAUCGAAUGCAAAGAAGCAAGAAACCCCUAAUAACAAUCGAUCUACCGACGUGCAGAAUCAAGAAAUGAUUGCCGAGAAUUCGGACCUACAUGGACACGAAUUGGCCGGCUUACCGUUAUCGAAUACAACUGAUCUAGAUUCCCCGAUGUCUUGCGAGCAAACUUUGGAAGACUUGCCGGAUUCAGGAUUUGUAAUAUGCGACAGUUCCGAUAAGAUAUUUACCAACACGGAAACUCAGCCAAUGGUAACUACUACGAACGAUUCCGGUGAAUGGGUUAUCGUCGAGAGGACGACUGGCUCCAUAACAACGCCAAGCAGCGAAUCCAGUAGUCCUAAAGAUCCGUUAGAAGGAACUAUGAAUCCAGCGAUAGCUACGGAGGCACCACAGUUGAGAUCCAUGUCGGAAAAUGUUUCACGAACGUCAUUGGACCUUACGAUGGGUUCUACGGUAGACACGGAUACUUCCUGUAUCGGAGCAAGUGAUUUAACCGAAAGUCCUGUUCUGGCGCAAGUGUCAGGCGAUAUGACCUGCUGCGACGUUAACGACGUUAAAGAUUACAAGGAUUUCGAAGAGCACGAGGAUACGCAGAGACCAUCCACGACGUUUACGAACGAGUUUACGAAUGAUCUUCCUUCCAUUUUACAGGAUCAAGACAAUGGUAACGAGAAAGUUUGCGAGGUGAAUAUAACCGACAUCGAAUCGAACGAGGAUCGUCCCGAGCUAAAGAUAGACAAUUCUUUCGUUCGGUUAGACAACACGCAUGUGCAUAGUACGAAUAAGAAUCAAGACGGCAAGAGAACGGAGUGCGAGGUCGAUAAGACGCAAAAGCAACAACAGCAACAACAACAAGACGUACAACGAUCUAUGGAAAGUCAUCAGAAAUUGCAAUACUCGAAGCACGCCGAUCACCAAAGAUGUUCAAAACAGUCCGACAAAAACAAAGAGGUCAAUGAAAUUGAAACGGAUGGGGAUAAAGAUAUGUCCGAAAAGUGCCAAAGUUUCGAGCAGCUGUCUCAGAAGCAACAGAAAAAACAAAGUCCGCAACAUAAAUAUAUUUCGAAACACGAGGGCGAGAGUCCUAAGAGAAACAGUAUACGUCAUUCGCAAUUGCGUGAGAAUAUCGAAGUUGUUAUACCUUCGGAGAACGCUGCGGAACCUUGCGAGAUCGCGCAUGUUCCAGAGGGUGCAUCAGAAGCGAUGCCUUUGGAUUCGUCCUUUUCCAACAGUUCGUCGCCAGUCGACGAUUCCAUCGUUCUACGUGACACAGCUGCUAUUUUACAAGAGUUAGCUUUACAGAGAUUAUCCGGUGGUAUGGUAGGGGAAUUGUCUAUUCCACCUCCUAGAAGAAGAUACGAGACCGAGGUUACCAGAGAACGAAGAAGUUUCGAUUCCGAGAUUGGUCGAGAAAUCGUUAGAGAACGAAAAAUGCGUCAGGAGUUAGAUUCGGCAAGGGGUAAAUCCGAGGAACCACCUGUAAAUAGUACACAUCAUUUGCCACCGUGUUUGCGAGCUCGUCAUGCAAGAGCUACGCGUGCCGCUUUAAGCAGAUCUCUCGACGAAGCAAAGUUCAAUCAGAUGACCGGUGACACCUCAUUACCAGUAAAACAAGCUUCCGAUGACGUUCAGCACAGUUCCACGCCUAACGUUGGCACCGUUACGAAUCCUUCCCCUAACAGUUCCGAGAAGGUUCACUUGAAGAAUCUCGGUGGUCUCGACUUGGGUGACCCACAGUGUCGAGAAAGAAUAGAAAAGUACAAAGAGGAAAGGCGGACGUUUCUGAGAGACAAAUAUAGAUCGGAGAGUUUUCGUGGUAUGUCCUCGAAAGCUGAAGGUGACGGUGAACAGGCAUUGUUGGCCAGAUUAAAGCAGAGAACAUCAAGGCCGUCAUUUCAUUGACACUGAUCUGAUUCUCUUCUUGAAUUUCAGAAUAUAUAAAACCUGCUAUUUAAAAAGGCUGCCAAUGCACUGAUUUUUUUUUCUUUUUCUUUCUCUCUCUCUUUCUUUUUUUUUCUUUUUCCCUUUGGAAAAUUCAAUUUUGAAGAUAAGACUCGUCUCAUCGUUGGCCGAGAUUAUUGAUUGUUUGAACGAAGAUGAUCAAAUAUGAGAUAUAAGAUUUGUGAGAUUGCACCGUUAAGCUGAAACGUGCAAUAUAAUAAAUAAUUUUUUUUGCCUUUU